UUUGGCUGCGUUAUUCGCCCGUCAGGGGAGAUCAGCUGUAAACACAAGGAACAGUCCAGGGGAACAAACUCUGUUUUUUCGACGGAAAAUCCCCGCCAGGACAAAUGACUACUCCAAAUUUCACUAUAAUAUAGUCGUGGGGGAAUCCUAGCGGCGAUUGGUGUGGAGAACAGAGCGAUUUUACGGUGGGAAGACGUUGUUUUUUGAGAUAAGUUGUAAAACAUGGCGACUGUGGAGCCACUACCGGACGUGCCGUCCUUCGAAGACAGGCCCAACCCCCCCAACAAGAGCAUGAGCCACUCGGACUUCGCCCAGGUCCUGUUCCACAAUGUGGCUGACAGUUACGUGCCCGGCGUGGACAUCCCGUGUCGUUACACGCUCACCCCGCUCAUGACCCCUCGCAGCAGGGACUGGGUCGGACUCUUUAAGAUUGGUUGGAGCUCACCGAGAAACUACACCACCUUUGCUUGGUCACCCCUGCCGACAGAAACUGAAGAAGGGAAGGACAGAGAGAACUGUGUGGUCUUCAAAGCCUACUACCUGCCCAGUGAUGACGGAGAGUUCUACCAGUUCUGCUAUGUCACCAGUAGUGGGGAGGUGCGAGGGGCCAGUACACCAUUCCAGUUCAAGCCUCGGAGGAGCAUAGAUUAUGUGGAGGUCCCAGAUGAAAGUGGAGAGAUGCUGGUGAUUAAGGAACGUACCACAGUCUUGGAGGAAAAUCUUCAGAAGGCCCUGGCAGACAAGGAAGCUUUGCUGAAUGACAAGGAGACCCUGGAAGAAAAAGUGCGCAGCCUGCAGCGCAACAUCCAGGAGCUAGAGGGCACUGUUGCGCAGGAGUCAGAGAAGAGAGAGACUGUGGAGAAAGAGUACAAGGAUUGUCAGGAAAAGCUGGCAUCCGAGCAGCAGCACAGCCAGGACCAGAAGCAGUCUGCAGACAAGGCCACCAAUGAGCUGGGCCUGAUGCGGGUCAUGCUGGAGGACGUGAACCGUAAGCUGGUGGAGAAGGCUACCGAGAUCGAGAAACUGCGCUCGGAGAUCCGCGCGGUCAGGGUGGAGAGGGACCAGCUGAGUGUCAAGCUGAGGAAUGAACAGGAGGAAAAGGAACUCUUCAAGAGCCACUUCACGGCGUCAGAGCUGGAGAAUAAGGAGCGGAGCCGUGAGAUCCGUGAGCUGAAGAACCUGGUGAGAGAGAAGGAGUUCUCCAUCGAGAAGUUCAAGUUGGAGGUCACCAAACUCAACCAGAACAUCAAGGAGGGCAACAAGAAACUCCAGCGCCAGGAGUCCAUCAGUCAGGCUGACAAGGAGCACAUGAAAGGCCUGGAGGAGCGUCUGAGGAACACGGAGGACAAACUGGCCGCGGCCGAACAGUCCAAACUCCUGCUGGCCGAGGAACUGUCCACCGUGUCGGACGUACGCCACAAGGCACACUCUGACCUGGAGACGGCUGUCCAGCAAGUCGACACCUUAAAGAUGAGACUGAAGAAGGCAGAGGAGAACUUUGCUAAGAAGGAGAAAGACCUGCUAGAUGAGAUGAGUGUGCUGAGGGGAGGCUUGGACGAAAUUCUGCAGGACAAAGACAAAAUUGAAGCGGAACUUCAGCAGUACAAGGAAGAAGUAGCCACCGCGUCUGAGUCCACACAAACGUCUGAAGCCAAACCCAAGGCUGUGAAGGAGGACCAGGCCCUGUUCUUCUUGGAGACGGCCCACCAGAACCUGGAGGAGAGGUACAAGGACCUGCAGAAGGAGUACGAACAGCUUCAGAGAGAGAAACUGGAGAUAGAGAGAGAGAAGGAGUCCUUGGUACAGUCUGAAGAUGAUCUGAAGCACCAGGUGGAUGACCUGAAGGUCAGACUGGAGAUGGGGGCGGAGGCGUACAGGGAGAAGUACAGGGAGUGUCACAAACUGGAGAAAACCAUCAAGAAACUGGGCGGAGGGAAGGUGAAACGUGAGAAGUCCAGCUCUACUGAGCCAACCAUCAAGGUGACAAAAGAGGAGUUUACAGAGGAAGUCACCAAGGAGACCAAGGAGGAAGAGACAACGGCCGAGCCCAAACAGACCAGAGUGGAAGAAACCAUCAACGUCGCCCAGUCCGAGCCGGAUGAGGCGGACAAGUCGUCGCCAGAGUUCGACAUGACGGAACUUCAGACCCAGCUGACAGACCUGCAUCACGAGCUACAGAACCGCUACGUGAAAGUCCGCAAGUACAAACAGCUGUACAUGGAGGAGAGACAGCGUAACCUGGACCUGGUACAGGAACAGCAGGACAAGGUGGUGACCUUGGAGAGACAGCUGCAGGAGGAGCGGCGUCAGCGGCAGGAGGAGAAGGCCACAUAUGACAACAACAUUCAGAGAUGGUCCCAGAAGUUAGACCACCUGAGGGAGAGGAUCAGGGUUCAGACUGACCAUGUGGAGGACAUGAAGGCCUACAGGACAUCCCUGGAGGAUCGUGUGGAAGAGCUCCAGAGCCAGGUGGAGGAGUAUAAACAGUACAAGGACGCCUGGGAAGAUCCCAUUCUGGACGGGGAGGAGACAGAGCCCCUCCUGCCUGCCUCGUCCCCCAGGCCUGAGGAUGAUGACUCCUCCCAGGACCUGCCACCCCCUCUAGACUUCCCCCCCUUGAGAUAUCCCAACCCUUACCUGAGUCAGAGUGUGCAGGAGCACCUGGAGUACCCCCACCCGUCUCCAGUCUACCCUAAGACGUGUGCGGAGUACCCCCAGUACCCUGAGCCGGCCCCCCCUCCCGCUGAGGCCGUCCCCAUCCCUGUCUUCAACAGACAGUACAAGGGCACUCUGUGGACAGAGAAGGGCACCGACGGGGCCGAGGGGUGGACACUGGUACAGAAGCCAGCUGUCCGGGACUACUCAGAGUUCAGCACCCCUCCCUCUUCUCCUGAACCCUCCAUCGACCCCACCCCUCCCCUUACCCCCUCCCCCGCCCCUCAUGCCCACCCCCACAGCCGAAGCCAAGCUGGCAGCCAUCAAAGCUGUCAACAUGUCCUGUAGCUCCAGCAGCAACAGUUCAAAUGGAUCCUGUGAGGACCUGACCAAUCAGGAGCCCAGCAGCUUUGAUGACCUGACCAAUGGGAACACAGAGGCUGAGACAACAGCCAAUGAGACCGAAGCUGCAGAGGUGGCUGCCCCAAUCCAGCAGGAACCAGAAGACGGUUGUGAGGAGAGGUGGUUUGAACAGCAGGAGGAGGAGGAGGAGGAGGAGGGAGAGAACGCUGUAGCCAGGACACAGAGCUCCAUCCCUGAAUCUGCCAGUCACGAGGAUGAACACGGACCCCGCACUAACAUUGAGGACUACCCACAAUGCCCUGUGUGCGAGGUGUACUUCCCACCAGGGUGUAACGAGGCUACCUACGAUCUCCACGUACAGAGCCACUACGGCCGUAUCUGUCCCAUGUGCAACAACUUCUUUGAUGACAACACCAGCGAAGCCGGGUUCAUCGAUCAUGUCCAGUCUCACUUCGACCACGAGGGGUGAAUCUCCAAAACAGGAGCGACCCUGAAAAUCUCUCUUCUCAACCUUUGCAGUCGUUUUAAACAGUCUAAUACUAGAUGCCAUGCUGGAAAAUGUCCCUGUCUAUAUACAAUUCACUUGUAUAACACAAGUAUAUUGACGAAUAUACAUUGUAUGCUUUGAUUUUGGUGACUGUUCUUUAUUAAGGAACCUUAGGUGAAUUGUUAGUAAGUUUGUCUCAACUGUAACUUUUACAACUUUGGUAUUUUGUCACCCAAAAUUUCAUUCUUCUUCACUCAUGCACCAAUAUAAAUAAUAUGGGUAAAAGAACUAUUAAAUGUUACUACAAGUAUUUCUUAAUUUCUAAUGAAUUUCAUGUACUUCUAAAGGGACUCAAGAAGUAGAAGUCUGUAUGGUGAAUAAUAACUGGCAAGCAAUACAGUAUAGCGUUAGAGACAAGGCUUGUUGUGUUUUCACCCUUUUUUCUGAGAAUUUGUUUAAAGACUGGUGGUACAAAUUAAAAGGCCGUAAUACAACCACAGUACAGUCUUUUGUAUAGGGCAGAUUUUUUUUUCUUAUUUGUUGAUUGCCAUAUUUCAUUAAUUAUAGCUUCACAAAUAAUUUUGAUGUAAAUACUGUGUCAUUACUUAAUCUACCAAUAUGUUAGCAUCCACGAAUAAUUGUGUCACAAAAAUAAGAACGACAACAAACACAUUAGUGCUGUGCUUAAAAAAGCGGUUUUGAUUAUUAUAAGCAGUUAUGAUUGGAAACAAAUUGCUUGUAUGAAAUGUGACUCCAUAUUAUAUAAAACAACUUUAUGCUAGUUUGAGAGAAAUGUACAAAACUGCUGGAUAGCAGUUUUAUGUAUUCCAUAGUGAUUAUCCCAGUACCUAACAACUGCUGUGUGUUGGUGGUGGUUAAUUUUUCAAUGAUCUUGAAUGUGUAUUCUGCACAUGCUAUGCAGAAGUCUACAUAAUUAUAAACAAAAUGCACUUUUUAAAGUUGACAACAAUCACGCCUUUUUUCGGCACUAAAGUAAGAACGUAGCUUCUGCUUAGUAGUUUAAGAUAUGUACGCUAAAGCUUGUCUAUCCUUAAACUAUUCCAUUUGUACACAUUUGGCAUAAAACAUGUUACACAAAAUGUAAAAACUGACAAGCAGAUAACUUGAUGAAUUAAUGAGGAAAAAGGCUGAAGAAAUGAGGAAAGGGUAUAUUUUGUGAAUGUGAAACGAGAAAGAAAUGUUUCAAUCCUGAUAAUGAGGUCUGAAAACAUGGUAUGAAAAAGGGAACCUGGUGAAAUUCAAGUUACAUGACAGGUGUAACUUUGUCGUGAUGAACUAUUUCAAUACACUCAUCUGUCCUUGUAAGAUACAUGUAAUUCUUGUUAAUAAAUAUCAAAUAUUGACAGUGUU